GUCGAAGCGGCGGCAGCAAGUUCAAUUUGCGGAGUGUCGAGCAUUCAGAGCGUUUGCGAAGCAAUGUUUUGGUAACAAUUUGUGACCAGCAGCAAACAAAUUAAAUGUGAAAAUUUUUAAUGUGCCAGUUAAACGGUGAAAUUGUCAAUAAAUAAAUAAUAAUAAAAAGUUGUUUGCUUAAUGUUCACUGGCAGUGGCCAAAGGUCGGCCAAUCCACUAGAGCUGGAGAUUAAACGCAGUGGACUUAUAGCGCGCCAAAAUCGUGUGUGUGCGUUGACACUGAAUAAAAUAUCAAUCACUUAACAAUUUCCGUUGUUUGUUCACGUCACGAGCUUGUAUCCAUUCGCAACGUAGUGAAAACAAAACGCUAUAAAAUCUUAAUAGCGAAAACAAAAGAAACAAAAACCAAAGAAAAGCUCCUUUGCUAAGUCGCCAUAUUAUUCGGCAGCACCAUUAACGGCACACAACCGCCCGUGUCACCGCCGCCGUCGCCGCCACCAACGGCGGCCAACGCGCAGCCCAUCAAAAUGCAGCGUCGCAUGUCGAUAACGAUACGCGAGUACAAAUUCUUUCGCAGCUUUUCACAAAAAUUCGAAAACUGGCCCAAACGCAAGGCGGAAGCAUUAUGGCGCAAAAUGCGCGAACGCAAAAUCGCAGAGAUCGAGGCCGUUGAAGCGUGUAAAUGGCUGCGUGCUGCCGGCUUCCCGCAAUAUGCCCAAAUGUAUGAAGAUCACCAGUUCCCCCUCGACCUGACUAACGUGGCCAAGGAUCACACGAACCUAGAGAAUGAUCAACUCCAAUCACUCUACCGACGUCUUUGUAUAUUGAAUCGCUGUGCCAAUAUGCGUCUCGACCAAGCACACAAGGCGCAAACGCCGCAGGUUUGUCAACUUCCCCUCUCUAAAUUACCCCUUAAAGUACAACAAAUCAUCAACUCAAUCACGUACGAUUCAUCCCAGCAGAAGGAGGACUCCGAUGAUGAGAAUUGUGCGCUUAGCGAAAAUUGGACAUUCCAGCCACAUAUACGUCGUUGGUCGCGCAUUGGUGAAAUGGGUCUUGAGCUGCCACCCGCCGGUAAGUUGAAUAUCGAGAAGACAGAAAGUUCAUCCAAGGAGUCCAGUCCAGAUCGCUUUGAAGAUGACAGUUACGACAUGCCUGGCGGUGGUGGCCUUUCGCUUACUCUACCUGGUAAUUCCACAGACUCCAUCCUCAAUGAAUCGACCGAUUCAGCAGCGGUGCGUUUGCGUCGCACUGGUAGUGAACGUUUUAAGGAUGGUGCCAAAGCAUUCCUACGACGCGUAGAGUCUAUAAAAUCUCGGCGACGAAAGCGUCAAAAUCGCGAGGGUAUUGUUAUCAGUGGGCCACAAGCAUUGGAUUUGUCACAACUCGGCCAGCGCAGCAGCAUACGUAAACCGGAUGCUGUAUAUUCCACACCACCUUCACCAUCAGCGGUCAGUCCAAUGCACACAUUCCCGAAGGGCCCGAUGUUUGGAAAUGAACUGAAAGUACCAUCACAAAGUGAAACUUUCCUCAGUCCGAAUCGGGCAAGUCCCAAACGUACACCAACCACACCGCGUUCGAUGCGUGCCAGCCCACUACAUUUUUUCUCGAAUCCGAUGCCACAUUUGAAGGAGGGCAAAUCAGAUGACUCUUCUUCAUACUACAGCGAUAGCCAAGAAUCGUCCGCAGGUGGUAAAUUAUCCCUGCGCAAGACUCCAUCAAAAACACGCAGAUUUUUGCAACGCACCGGUAAAGUAGAUGAUAUAGGCGCACAUUCAGACUCCGAAUGUCAUCACGGUAGAAAAUUACUGAUAAAGGACGCCAAUUCCAACAACACUGAGAUAAAAGUCAAGAAACUGACACGCGGUGGCUCACUUAAUUUAGGUAAAGACCCUAAGAAACGAGAAGGUUUCCGGUCGGCGAGCUUCCGUUCGCGUUCCACUUCACGUAAAGAAACAAAACCUGAAGAAACCGAAAAUAUUAAACGUACUCCGGUUGUGCGAUGGCAUAGUUUUCAGAUGGAGGAGCGUCCAAACAUGAUCUUCCGGAAAUGUUUCUCGCAAAAGAUCGAUCCUAACAUGAACAAUCAUGGCAUUCCAUUUGUGGCCAUGUCAGCAGGCCAGCUACACAUUCUACGCAAGCUUGCAUUGGUCAUACUCACCGGGUAUAUGGAGCGUUACUGCCCAACACAUCGCUCUGGUUGGAAUUGGGAGCUCCCCAAGUUUAUUAAGAAAAUCAAAAUGCCCGACUACAAAGACAAGAAAGUGUUCGGAGUACCACUGUUGUUGAUAUUGCAACGUACCGGGCAGACGUUGCCGAUUGCGAUACGAGCAGCCUUCCGUUGGCUGCAGGUCCGCGCUCUCGAUCAGAUCGGCCUAUUCCGCAAGAGUGGUGUCAAGUCCCGCAUUAUCAAGCUAAAGUCAGAGGUGGAACAACUCGAUUCAACGGCGCUUUGCAUGGAAGUGUAUGACACACAACAAGCUUACGAUGUAGCCGAUAUGUUGAAACAGUAUUUCCGCGAUCUACCCGAAUCGUUGCUCACCACCAAGAUGUCCGAAACCUUUGCAGCGAUUUUCCAACAUCUUCCCAAGGACGUGCGUUUAGAAGCAGUACAGUGCGCCGUACUUCUACUACCAGAUGAAAAUCGCGAAAUACUCUACGCUUUGCUGGAAUUCUUGACGCUAGUGGCAGCCAAUGCGGAGCAAAAUCAAAUGACUGCAAAUAAUUUGGCGGUUUGUCUGGCACCAUCGCUCUUCCAUAGCACUAUUUCGACAGGUGUAGCUUCGGUUUCAGCCUCACCCAGGAGGCGCAAGGGUGCCGGUGUGCCUGACGAUAAAGAACUACAAGAGGCAAAAGCUUCACAUGAAUGCCUGUCCUUUAUGAUUGAAAACUACAAACAAAUCUUCACGGCGAGCAAAGAGAAGAUAAGCAAAUGCAAUUUCGGCUAUAUGGAAGAGUCGAAACCAGUGCCUCUGGAGGCACUAGGCGAGGGCAUGCAGUUCCAUAAUUGGCGGGGAUAUCUGUAUGAAUGUACCAAGGCCACCAUCAAGGAGGGUAGAGAGAAAACUCGUGGCUGGUUCACGAUCUCUUCACAAAAUGACAGCAACGUGGACAUUGCCUACAAGAAAGUUGGCGACGGCCACCCUUUGCGUUUGUGGCGCUGUACCACUGAAGUCGAGGGCCCCCCUAAAGAGGUCUUGGACUACAUUAUCAAGCAACGCGCCUCAUGGGACUCGAACUUGCUGGAGAGUCAAACUGUUAAGAAACUGGACGCCACCACGGAAAUAUUCCAAUAUGCCAUAGACGGGCAGUUCACCACCGACUUUUGUGUGCUACGCUCUUGGCAAACAACUGAUCUGCCGCGCGGCGCCUGUGUUAUUGUGGAAACCUCCAUCGAUCAUGCAAAGGCAAAACCGAUGUUCGGCGCCAUUAGAGGUGUUGUGCUGGCUUCGCGCUAUUUGAUAGAGCCCUGCGGCAGUGGACGAUCACGCGUAAUGCAUUUGACGCGGGUGGAUGUUAAGGGCCGGACUCCCGAGUGGUACAACAAGAGUUACGGACACAUUUGCUCGCUGUAUUUAUCAAAAAUCCGCUUGGCGUUCAAGCAUGUCGCUGACGGUCCUGAGAGCAAGGUGUAAGAUGAUAUAUAUAGAAUAUCGUGAGAUUAUCUUCGGAAAUCCAAAAUAUAAACCACAAAUUUCGAAACACGAAAAUACGAUAAACAAACUAAAGACAUCACAUAGCUAAAGAAACCCUGAGAACUGAUUUAAAAAGUGUGUCUUGCAUUAAAUGUCGCAAAUCCUAAAGGCAUUUACUUUUUACUAAAAGUAAAAAUAUUAAGCAAAAAAAUACUAUGUUAAAAACUAAAGCAAACACUACCCAAAUACGAUAAGAGUUCGAAAGUGCCCAAACUGAAGUUACAAAAUAUUUUUAAAAGGUUCAACAAGGUUUACAAGAAUAUUAUAUAAGCGUAAAUGACUCAUUUAAAUGAUAUUCCUUAAACAAAACAACAACAAGGCAUUCAAAAAGUAACGCACAUUAAACUUAUACCCAGGAAGAAUUACAUAUCUAAAAAUCGCUGAGAAGAAGCGGGCGCUGGUAUUUUGAGUCACUGCAAUUAACGGAAAUGGUAUUGUGAAAAAAUAGGCAUUUAUCACGGAUAGCGCUCAAAUUCCUUCAUUACCUCUAUUAAAAUGCUGGCUAAUUCGCCUUGGAAAAAGGAGGACAUCAAGGCAUUCUCAAUUUUACUUGUAAAUACUUUAUAAAUUAUGGAAAAUGUUUAUAUUUUUCCAAACUGACAGAAUGCAAUAUUUUUUCGUUGCCUUAAAAAUUACGGAAGUAAAAUUUAAAUCUAAAUGUAAAAACAUUGUAAAUAGUAAAUAAUUAGUUUAAGAGCCCUGCGGCAUUUUUUUAAACAUUAAGACUACUACUUUAUUUGUAACAUAUAAAAAUAAAAAAAUUAAAAUGUAAACCACUGCAAGCAGUUAGUGGAAAUGUAUGUUAACCCUUUAACACAAGAUAAUACUCAAAACCGAAGCAUCACAAAAGUUUUUUUUUACCGAAAAUACAUUUGCCUUCAAAAAUAUGAAAGAAACUAACUAUAAUUAUACUUGAAGUUUCACUUAUAUUUUCGAACUUCGUGCACUUAAAUAUACAAACACACAAUAAAUUAACAAAAUCGUAAAACCCUAUGCUAACGUAGUUACGUAGAUGUGAUGUAUAUUUGUACGUAAACAUGAAAAUUCCAAGGAAACGCGAGAAACUGCAAAAGAAACAAAGAAAGUAAGCGAAGCGGAGAACCACAGAAAUCAGCGACAAUUAAUUCAUUUGGAACAUGAAUGAAAAUAGCGACACCUUCGAUCCGAAACUAUCUACAAUGGAACAGAGAGAAAAUUAUCAACUAAAUGGAAAAGUAAUUUAUGUGGAAAAUAAUUCAACUAGUCAAAUUGUUAAAUUUAAGCCUAACCGUAUACUGUGUAUGGAACCAGAAAGAGAGCAAGCGCGAAUGAGAGCGGUGCAAAGUAUAAGAAACGGUAUUAAAUUGUUAUACCCAGCAAAUAUCUGUAAAUUACUAACCUUAAUAUUUAAGUGCCCAUAUACUGACUCGAUGUCUGUAUGUAUGUAUAUGUGCAUAUAUGUUUACCCGAAGGAGUAUGAGUAGUUAAUGCGCGAGGUUAUUGAGUAGACGAAAGAGUAAUUCGUUUGAAUAAAAGUUCAGGAAUAUAAAAUUGGAUAUUUUUAGCAAUUAUACAGUUAUACCAUAGUGAGUAUAUAUAUAAAUAUAUCUACGUAUGCAGAAAUACAUGUCAAAAACUAUGUUUACUCAAAUAUCGCGUUUGCUGCUCUCAAACAAAUAAAUAAAAUUAUAUAUACAUAUACAGAAAGAAA